UAAGGUUCCGAAAGCAGGAAAAACACUUCAUAUGCCACUGUAUGCCAAGGAUCAGUUUUGAAACACUUUGAUAGAUUCCAGAGUGUUCUUCGUAUUUGACAGCUAUGUGAAGGAGAUUUCAACUUAUCUGAAAUCACUGGUAGGAGUAAAUCCAAAGAAGGUUCUGUCUUGCCAUCCAUGCCAUACUGCUUUGUAACAUCCUCACACAAAGGUAUGGACAAGGUCAGUUAGGAUGAGUGGGGAAGAGUCUCCUCCUGUAGGGGCAAAGGCGUCUGUGCCUAGAGCUCAGCCAGACUCCAACUGCUCUGAUGAAGAGUCGACCAACCGCAUCCGUGGGAAGGUACGUAGCGUCAAGAUGUACCAGGAAGACCCAGAAGAGGGGUACGAGCCUGAUAUAUCUAGCGGGGAUGACGCGGACGAAUCCGACAACGAGCAGGAACGAGGACAGCCGACAGGCUUCGCCGCGGAGUUGGACAAGCUCCCGAGCUCCAUCCCAGAAAACAAGUGGAAGAGCGUGUGGGCUUCGUCCAGCAGCGAGGAGUCGGACGACAGUACAGGCGAGGACGUGGGAGACUUGGAGCACCUGCGCAAGAGAGUGAUCCGUGAAUCAGAGGCGAGGAACUACGACACUGUAGUGGAGCUGCUGGAUGCAGAACCAAAGUUGUUAACGGCUGCAGACAGCGACGGGUACAUACUGCUCCACAAGGCAGCAUACAUGGGCGACAUGACGCUCGUAAAGGAGCUGUUGGAGAGGGGGGCCGACAUCAACGCAAAGACCCACGACGGCUGGCAGCCCCUGCAUUCUGCGUGCCGAUGGAACCACGUGGACGUGGCGUCCCUGCUUCUCCAGGCAGGGGCGGACGUCAAUGCCACAAGUAGUGGUGGGAACACACCCCUACAUGUGGCAGCCAGCAACGCAAAUGCCAAGCAGGCCCUCGUCCUGUUACUUAGCAACCGGUACAUCGAUCCAAACAUCCUGAAUGACUCGUCAGAAAGCGCGUUCGACCUUGCACGGAGGUCGGGGCCACACUAUCACUUGUUUGAAAUGGUGGAGGACAGUCUGGAUGUGGACGGGAGAGGGAUGAGUUUCCAACACUUCAGUGAAGCAAUGGGGCUGGAGACUGUGGGGGAAAAUGACCAAAAACCAGCAGGCAGGAAUGGAAUAACAUCGAAGACAGAUGCAUCCAUGUGAGAAGAUGCAAGUUUACACACAGUUCACAUUGGAAUUAUCAGAAUUCAUCAACUAUCCUAAAUUUUAAAGAGACACUCUAUACAUAGAAAAUGCAAUUUUGAGGCCCAACCACGCGCAUACGUGAAUAGGUAAUCAGUACAGCAGGGCUGAAAAAACUGCAGCAUUAGAAAUACAUCCAAUGAGUAAACAAAGUCUGCUACGAUUCCUUAACAUUACCACUGUUACCUGGUGUGUAUGUGCAAUAGUCUUUGCUACAUGCAAGGGCAACAUAUACAUGUAGGUGUAGAUUCUACAGCAAUUUGUUUAGUUAAGAUGUUAGCACACGUGUAUACUAGUAGUAGUAUAGAAUACAUUUUCAUAUAGAAAAAAUAUGUCCAGGUUAUACCAAUUUGAUUACUUGGUUGUCAGAAUCUUCCUUCUUAUUUUCUCCAAACUGUAGAGGAGACACAUACCACCAUGAAGAAUUUAAUGUUUUUGUGAAUGUCAUGUUUCAUUCGUUAUUGUGAUUAUAUUUCAUGUCUAUGCAUUUUCCCCCUGGCACCCGGCCAACAGACUAUCAGCCAACGUCCUGCUGGCUCCAGAGUCCCAGUCAGCUUUCUUGGACCUAACUUCCUGGCACCUGAUUUUUCUCCCUGCUUCAUUGACUUUCUCUAAAACUCUGAGAACCAACAAAUCAAAUUGUGUAGCCUUACAGUAUGUUAGAAAACUUUCAUGCAAACAUAGAGAGCUAUGCAAACAAAUCUUACUCCGAAGGUAAAUGUACAUUGUAUGUACAAGAUUGAUUUUAAUUAUGAAUGUUACAUGUACUACCUAUACUAGCUAUAUUGUGUGUCCCAAAAUAGAACUUUUAAGUUACCUGACAUAUCUAUUCACUGACAGUAUUAAAAGGCAGAAAGUUGGUACAAAAAUCUGACAGUUCUAUCAUCUUUAUAAAAGUCAAGUACAAUGUAGUAAGAAACAUAGACAUCAUAGGGAAUAAACCAAUCCCGACUGUCCAUCACAAUUAGCAGAUCAACCAAUGAUAGCAUGGCAGUUAGCUUUGUGACCAAUUAGAGAGAGGCUUUAUGUCCCUUAAAUAUUUGCACUUAUGUUUUCACAGAGGUGGGUGGGGCUAUGGGAUUGGUAUAUGUUACAGCCACCUUAUUGAUUGUUUGACCCUGGAAGGCUGCAUUGUGCAUGUGUAUGAUGUAACUGUAGCCAAUAUGUACAAACUUAGAUUGACCUUGCAGGUUUAACCAAACAGUACGGUGGCCAAUACUUCUAUAUAUGUGAGUGUAAAGAUAGUGAAGCAUUAUGAAGAAAACAUAUCUUUUUUUUUUCUGAAUCUUAUUAGUCUAGUAUUUUUUUUUCACUUGAACAGGCAGCUGGCAUUAACAGGACAAACAGUGGUGUACUCACUUGUAGAGUUUAUUAUCAAGAUAUUUUUACAACAGUAAUACUAUGUAUAUAUAUAGUAAAUACUCUAUAGUACUACACACAUGUACACUGAUACAAUGUAGGUAUCAUAACAUAUUUCACUCAUAUCAGUAAAUGUUGAUAUAUGAUAUUGUGCAAUGGAAGAAAUCAAGAUCUUAUUUUAUCCAAAGCUAGAAAGAUUACAAAAUAAUAAUAUAACCUACCAUAAUUACCGUGAAGUUGAUAGAUUAGCUCUGGCUAAGUGGAAUAAUUGAAAAUUAAACAGAUAAAGCAA